AUGACCACCAAGGUACAAUUAGUAAGGGAUGCUUCUCUGGCUUUUCAACAAAAAAAGUACGAUGAAUGUUUGAAAAUAAUUUCGCACGAUGAACAUCAUGAAUCAUCAUUGCCUUGCUCGGAAGAGUUGGGGAUGGACAUCAAGUUAGGAACCAUUGUGGGAAUGUGUCAUUAUAACAAUGCUGUUAUUCAAAAAGAAAUGGCAAAGGAAUUGUUUGAUAAGGCUUUGAUUCAAUUUGAUAAGGUCAUUUCUCAAUAUAGGGAAUAUGAAAAUACUGUACAUCAAGAUCAAGGAAAUGUCAAAUCAAUUGUUGAAAAUAACAUUGGAUUGGAGGUUUUUAUAUCUACAACAAAGGUUAAUUAUUUGGCAGGUCUUUGUCAUUUAUAUAGUAACAGGUACAAGGAUGCUAUACCUUAUUUUAGUAGUGCUGCUCUUAUGGCCUCAACCUUACAGAGUAAUAUUGGAUAUGUGGCCAAUAAGGAUCAUGCCAAAUCUUUCCUUAAAGAGUCACCAAAGUACUAUUUAAAUCGAGGAAUCUGCUACAAUGAGUGUAAAAAUAAUGAGUUGGCAGAGAGGGAUCUUGUCAAAUAUGUGGCACUAAUUGAAACAUCUGAUUUGAGUCCAGACACUCAAGCACCUCUCUUAUUUGUUGCGUUUACUAGUUUAGCAAGCACAAAAUUAAACAAGAAUCAACAAGAGGAUGCAAUCAAGUAUUUCAAUAAGGCCAUCGAUUCUUUCAACGUAAUGGAACCGGAUGCCCAACAGGUACAUUUUGAAAACUGUGUUAAGGCUAAACUCAAAAGAGCCACAACACUUCAAAAGUAUAUUAGUUACCAUGUGUAUAACUGUAAGGAAGAUGCAAACCUUAUGAAAGUAAUUGAAAGUUAUAGAAAAAUGGCCUCUGAUGAUUUGGAAACCGCAAGAAAAUACAAGAGACUCGAGUUUUAUUACUUGUACCAAUAUGUAAAAAUGAUAGUGAUGUUCUGCAAACAUGUGGAAGGACUCAUUGAAAAAGAUGAAUUGGUACCUCUCUAUCAAGAUGCUGCAGACAAGUUGCAAGAAUGCAUUUCAAUUCAACCAAAGAAUGCAAAAUUGUACGGGGACUUGGCAUUGUGUAAGAGCAAGAUUGGGAAAGAAAAAUUGGAAGAAAUUUUAGAUUUGUACAAUAAGAGUUUUGAAUUAACCAAUGGGGAACCUACGGAUAAGGUAUCUAAGCAAAAGUUGGCCAGGAUUUAUUUCGAAAGAUCUGUCAUUUAUUUCAAAUUAUCCAAUACUGAUAAGGCCAAACAAGAUUUGGAUAGAGCUAUUCGUUUGAAUCCAUACUUUUCAGAUGCUUACUACAAUAGAGGUUUUUUAUUGAAGGAUUCCGAAGAUGAUAUUGAACAAACUUUGGACGAUUUGGGAGCAACCUGUGAAAUGAACCUUGAGGACACUGAGUGUGCAUUUCUUACUGCCAUUAUUUUAGCAAAACAAGAAAACAAGGAAGGUAGUCGUUCCAUUGUCGAAGAAUUCAUCAAGUUUAACCCUAAUGAUUCCAAUUUGAAAGAUCUUUUAUUAGCUCUUAAUAACGAGGGCAGUUUGGAUGCAUUUGAAUCCUUACCUAAAUUCAGAGAAUCCCACAAGAAGAACAAACUCUGGACACCUAAUAGAAAAACAAAACCAAGUCUAGACAGAGCAUCAAUUAGAAAUAGAGUUACAAGUGCCAAACUCGACGAACAAGACACUGAUGAUGGCUAUUAUUGUGAUCCAACCUUCCCAGCAGUGUCAAAAUCAAUCUACGGAACAGAGGAUAGUGAUUUACCAUCUGAAUUGACUUGGUACAGAACUUGGGACUUGUGUUUCCUCAGAGAAGAGUCCCAACUUUUUGUUGAUGGUACAAGCAAUACUGAUAUCAUGCAAGGUGGUAUAGGUGAUUGUUGGUUACUUUCUGCAUUUUCAAUUGUUGCUGACUAUCCAGAUAUCAUGAGUAAGAUUAUAUUGGAGUCAAAAUCAGAUCCAGAUAACGGAAAGUAUGUCUUUUCCAUUUUCGGAAAAGAAGGCCCCACAGAAGUAGUUAUUGACAAUAGAUUGCCAUGUUUUUCUGAUUCGGGAAGUCUUGCAUUCUCCAGGAGUGGAACCUCAAACGAAAUGUGGAUUUCCUUAUUAGAGAAGGCAUAUGCUGCGUAUUAUGGAAGCUACCAAGCACUUCAAAGUGGUUACAUGAGGGAUGCCCUUGUUAGUUUAACAGGUGGAGUUCCUUUCACUCUUGAUAUCAGUGUAGAAAACAAGGAGGAGGUAUGGGAAAUCUUAAAGACUAUUAAAAAGAAGAGCACUGAUCCCUCAUCAUACUGCUUAAUGGGAUGUAGAUCUGACAAGGCACCAGCCAGAACUGGUAUUCAAACUCACCAUGCCUAUGCAAUUCUGGAUUGUUUCGACUGUCCUCUUGAAAUGACCAAUGGAAAGAGAACUCGUCUUGUCAAACUUAAGAAUCCAUGGGGUUAUGGUGGUGAAUUAGAAUCUGGAGAUUACUCUGAUGAUAGUAAGUGGUGGACUAAGGAGCUCAGGAAAUAUGUUGGACAUGAAUCAAAAAUUGAUGGCAUUUUCUUCUUGACUUUGGGGGCACUUGUUAAAUAUUAUACGCAAAUUCAAGGAGUAAGGAUUUUUGAUGAGGAGCAUUGGAGUAUAGCACGUUUUGUGGAUGAAUUCAAGCAAAAACCUGGACAUGACUUGGAUGACUGGGGCCUAGAUAUUUGUUCUUUCUCGUCUCAUUAUGUUAUUCACAACACCCACGAAGACAACAAGCUAGUAAUUGAACUUUCUCAAAAAGACACCAGAUUUACAAGAGAUCAAAAAGAAGAGUUCAAAUGUGUUGCCAUUUAUGUAUUUAAAUAUCCUGAAAGUCAAUUCAAUGGCGAAGAAAGCACCAGGUUAGCAACAAUUGGUGAAGAGAAUGAAACUGUCGUUCAGGGUAUCUACGACGGUUGUUACAGUGAAACAAGCAUUGAGACAACACUACCUGUUGGCCAUUAUGUUGCAAUUCCAGCUGAGCUUUACUCUAAGACACCAACAGAGAAACUUUCACUCAAAAUUAUUUCAAGAAAACCUGUCACUAUUGUUAGAUUGCCUGUUCAAUAA